ACGAGUGCGUUUAGAUGGUCGUUUGUAAGUGGGGCUCCCCGGGAUUGUUCACAACAGAGGAAAGCGCACCAACUCUGACCCAGUAAAGUCGAGUCGCGAUCUCUGCAGUUUUUUUUUUUUUAGGAGGAAACUAGCUCGUCACACUCCGAAGGGGCUUCUCCGUUUUGUUGUUGUUUGUGGCGCCGAGCUAGCUUUGUCCUUCGUACAGCUGGGGGGUUGCUGAUUUAUUUAUACGGAAUCGUUGUGGAAUAUGGCUCAACAUGGACAUCAUGUAGCCAGUUCCCAAAAAGCACUAAUGCUGGAGAUGAAAAGUCUCCAAGAUGAGCCGGUCGAAGGGUUCAAAAUAACUUUGGUGGACGAGUCGGACAUGUACAACUGGGAAGUAGCAAUAUUCGGACCCCCAAAUACACACUACGAGGGUGGUUAUUUUAAGGCUCGGAUCAAGUUCCCCAUCGAUUACCCUUAUUCUCCACCUGCCUUCCGCUUCCUCACCAAAAUGUGGCACCCCAACAUAUAUGAGAACGGGGAUGUGUGCAUCUCGAUCCUGCACCCGCCGGUGGACGACCCGCAGAGCGGAGAGCUGCCCUCAGAGAGAUGGAACCCCACACAGAACGUCAGGACCAUCCUGCUGAGUGUGAUCUCCCUACUGAACGAGCCCAACACCUUUUCCCCUGCCAACGUGGACGCCUCCGUCAUGUACCGCAAGUGGAGGGACAGCAAGGGCAAGGACAGAGAAUACACCGAGAUCAUCAGGAAACAGGUGCUGGCCACCAAAGCGGACGCAGAGCGGGACGGUGUCAAGGUCCCCACCACACUGGCCGAGUACUGCGUUCGCACCCGUGCCCCGCCCACAGACGAUGGCUCCAACCUCUUCUAUGAUGAUUACUAUGAUGAUGAGGACCUGGAAGAGGAUGGCGAGGACAACGAUGAGGACUGUUGCUAUGACGAGGACGACUCGGGCACCGAGGACUCCUGACCUCACCUCCCCAAUGAUUUCACCCCCCCCCCCACCUCCCUUGUACCCCCACCCCAGCUGUCCCCUCCCUUCCUCCUUCAUCACAGACUGGACUUUAUCUCCUGUUAUCACCGUGUCCACCUCGUCCUAAAUCAGCCCCCGUCAUCUUCACUUAGCACAGGUCCCACCCCCCACUCCAUCACUUGUGCAGCCACAGCCUGCACACUAAAACACAGAUGCAUUUAAGAAAAGAAAGCUACAGAGUUGUUGUUUCUGUUUGUUUCUUACACGUUUCCCCACAUUAUUCUUUUUACUUUUUGUCUUUGUCAUCUGACUUGAGGUUACACACAUGAUCCAUGCCCUGCACACAGGGUUAACUUGCAGUAACGGUUUGUUGUGUUUAGAGAGCAAAGUUGAUUGUUUUUUUUUUUUUUUUUUAACUUUCCUUUCACUUCCUGGUCUACUUCUGCUUGUCUGCACUAAUAUUUGCGAACUGGUUCAGAUUUACCAAAAGCAUUUUUUUGCUGUAAGACCUUCUUUGUUUCACAGAACUGCAGCGGAACAAAGGCUAUCUCAUCGGCAAGUUUCUUUUGGGCAAUUUGGCCGAGGAAUGAUCCGAGCCUUUUCAUGAUAACAUCAACAGGGAGGAAUAAAUAGUCAUGGGUUUUCAGAUCAGGGUAAAACAAGCAGAGAGCAAUAGAAAAGGAAGCUCAUUCAGAAUAAUUAGAUGGAUAUGGGAAGAUGUGUACGUGCAGGAAGGCUCCGUCACUAGGGCGCUUCCACAGCUGAGCUAUGUGUGACCUCUGGUUAGCAGGCUGUUUGAGGCCCUGCCACCCUCCACCUCUGACCUUUGAGCCCCAGGGCUGGGGGUGCUGCUCUGGACAGGGAAGUGCUCAAAUUCAAAAAGCGGAUCACUCCCGUGUGCCUUCCCUCAUUCCCUUUCACAGACCCGAAUCACCUCUGUGACGCAUUCACAACCUCUACACCAAAUUCCUGCCAGUCACACAAACUGGCAGAGGGAGAUAUUGAGGCUUACGAGGCCUCAGGCGGGUAAUACUGUGAUGGAGCAGGGCUCAUUAUACUAAUGGCGGCUCCUGUCAAGAUUUGCAAGGUUUUGAUUGAGGUAGUGUAAGAUGUAACAGCUUGAACUAAAGAGUAGAGCGUAGAUUACAACCUCACAGACAUCCUGUCCCAGACCGUCACGCAAGCCUUGAUGACUCGAGCACAUGCAAACGGUGGCCUGAGUGCACAUGAAAUCCAACGUACUGUAUUUGACACCUAUGCAGUCGGUGCUUUCAUUUUUUUUUUUUUUUUUUUUUUUUUUUUUUUUUUUUUUUUUUUUAAUAUGCAGCGCUUGAAUGUGGCAAGUAAUCGUGACCCUCAGGUCUUCACCAGCGGCUUGAUUACCAAUGAGCUGCCUUGCCAAGCCUGCCAGCGCUGAACUCCAGCAUGAGUUUUACAACCGGACACCCGGCCGUCUAUGAAGGCUGCAGACUGUCUGUGUGUCUUUGGUUAGAGAUCACAUUUGGACGUGCUGUAUCAGUCUGUAUGUUUGAACUGGGGUGGCCGUUCAUUAUUCUAAGCCAGAGUAAGGGAAAGAAGAGCCAGAUUGUUCUCUAGCCUACUGAGAAGACGCCCUCUAAUGGUGGCUCAGUGUUAUAGACAUUUUCUCCCCCCUGAAACGCUUGACUGGGCUGCAGCCAUCUUAAAUGACCUGAAUCUAUGAACGCCUCCCCUGUUGCAUCAGAAGAGCUCAGGCAGUGCUGUUUGUGUGAUUCAGAAAGCCUAAAGCUGGCCUGGGGGACACCUCUUUGCUAAGACCCUGAACCCCCUCAGAGGGCUCCAUUGCACACAUGAAAGGCAUUAAAACAGUAUUUUUAACAAAAUUCUCAACACCGAUGCAACCUCUUUUCUGCAGCGUAUGAGUGUUCACCGAUCACGAGAAGCGCCUGUUUGACUCGAUGGGGAAGGGUUGAGAAGCGGAGAGACGGGACAGCAUGGGGAUAGGGUGGCUCUUUGACUUUGAGCAUGAACAGGAGAAUGCAGUUCUUCGCUAGCAUGCCGUUAAUGAUGUGUUUGUCGUUUUAGAUCUGGUAUUAUAAAGGUGGAGAUUGUGUCCAGGGAUGAGAGCUUGUACUUAAAUGAUCUACAACUGUUGCAUUGUGAAUGGGCUGAGGGUUCUCACUUUUUGGCUUCCUUUGUUGUUUUGAUAUAAUCUUUUCUCCAAAUUGAAGUGUGAACUACAAUGUCUUUUUUCUUGUUUGCUUUUUGUUUUUUUGUUUUCACUCAUGUAUGAAGUGCUAUGAUUAUCGACCUGAUGUUUUAAAAUGAGAGAGUUUUUUUCAUGGACGAACAAAUAAAUGUGACAACUGGUUAUUUUCUUCAUUCAAACAUACAUUAACCAAUCGACCCAGCACACCAUACCGUAAUCAUUUCCAACCUUUUGCCUCGUCCUGAAUGUUCAUCGAUGACUUUCAGCUGCUCAUUGUCAACAACUGGCAGAUUCGCAUCAAAUUCUGUAUGACUGACCCUCUCACUCAGUACGGAUGUUUAGGUGAAUGGGAUUUCAUUUGUUAAACUACUGUUAUUUUUAUCGCUCCCCCCCACCCCUUGCCCGUUCUCUGAGCUCUGAUUGAUGGCAGCAUCACUGAGGAAAUCCCGAGCUGUUCAUCACAGAAACCAACAAGCACCUCAGGAAGAAAACAACCAACCAACAAGCAAAACCGUUUCCCAUCCGAGUGAACCUGACCCCGGGGAAACUAACAGCUCCUCAGACAGUUUCUUUUCUCCCCCCUCAAUCUCACCUUUUGGCUUCAAAAGACUGUUUACAAUCUCUACCUUGAUAUGCACAUGUGGAUAUUUUGACGAUCACUUGUUUUUGUUUUGUUUUUUUCUCGUUUGUAUUUUCUUUCUUUUUUUUCUUAUGGUUUGUAAAUCUAUUUAAAACCUAAAAUAAAGAUCUUUAUUAGA